UAUAAUGAGAAUGUGUUGCCAUGGUUACGAGAAAUUAACUGGAAUUGAUUUGUCAGAAUGUAUCGAUAUGACUUGUUCAAAGUAUGAAUAUGCAGACACUUUACUUUGUCAUGAUGAUGAACUAGAAGGAAGACGUGUUGCUUUUAUAUAUUAUCUUACUGAUCCAACAUGGAGUCAUGAAGAUGGAGGUAGACAUAUCGAUCUCAUGACAUUGGAUCUCUAUAAUACUGAUGAUCAUGGACAACCAAGUGAUAUUGCUCAGUCAAUAAUACCACAAUGGAAUUCUUUUGCUUUCUUUGAAGUUAACCCUGUCUCCUUUCAUCAGGUCUCUGAGAUCUUGUCUGCUGAUAAAGUGCGAUUGUCUAUUAAUGGGUGGUUCCAUGGUCCACCUGUGCCACGCCCAUCUCCUUAUAAGGAGACUCUACCUACUGCUUUCACAGCCAGUGGAUUUACCAGAUGGAGACAAGAGUAUGGUGGUUUUACUUCAUAUAUUACCAAAGGAGAGGAUGAAGAGUUACUAACUGUUACACCUCAAAGUAACUCCUUGACUCUAGUUUAUAAAGACAGUGACACAUUGUCAUUCACUAAGUAUAUUAACCACAGAGCUGAAGUCCCUAGCGACAGUACUUGGUACACCAAUAAUGACAGUUUAUAA